UCAGCCUAAAGCAGAGAGAUGGAAAACACCUAGAUGUGUAUAUAAAAGAGACAGCACACUCAUCCCUUCAGUUGUCAGUCGUACAUGAUCAGUUAACAGACUCUUCAGAUCCCCACCAAGAGUGUGCUCCAGAGCAAGAUGAAAAUGAAGUCUGCUGCGGUUUUUGUUGUGAUUGCCUGUCUGCUUAUUGCUCAUGUGGAAGGAGUCAGGACCAGUGUAAGGAGGUGUUUGUGUCAGGGGCAUGGGGCGAACGGGGUUCGAGUACAACGUAUUGACAAGAUUGAAGUUUAUCCUGCUAGUGCAUCUUGUGAAAAUGUUGAAAUCAUAGUUGUUCUGAAGAAUGGAGCCGGUAAAAAAUGUCUGAAUCCAGAAUCCAGUUUAGCCAAGAAUUACAUCAAUAAGGUCAUUCAAAAGAGAAGACAACUGCAGGAAAACAGCACUCACUAAACGAAGAAGGCAGAGAUGUGAAAAUGUUUUUGAAAAUGAUUCCACUGUGCCAGUGUGUUUACUUGUAUAUUUAUUCAAUAAUUAUUUGAAUAUAAUUAUUAAUUUUACUUCAGUGUUUAAUUAGUUGAGUGUUUAAUUUAUUAGAUGCCCCACUGAAUAUUGCUGGAUGUAGGCUAUUGUUUAUACAUUUUGUAUCUUUUGUAAUAUAUAUAUAUUUUUUUUAUGUUUUACUAUGUUUGCAUGUUAUUUCCUGUUGUGAUAAUAAAUAUAAACAUCUGA